CCUUCCCAUCUGUAAAUACUGAUGCUGGAGAGCAGCAGCAGCAACAGCACCUGGAGAAGAAGAAGAGGAAGAAGAUAAGGAAGAUUUUCUGCUGUCUGCUGCUGAAAGACAAUGAUUCUUCAUAUGCAGUGCUCUCUUUCAUCGAAUCCCCCUAUAGCUAUCAGAACAGGCAGGAGCAGCAACAGUUCUUCAUUCAAGAAGAGGAAUGUUAUGCCAUUCCAAUGUUGGUGCAUCAAAUCUUUGGUGGUCCAUGCUUGCUUUGUCUCUGGACAGAAUGGUGGAAACGGGAAAACCAAUUCUAAAACAAAAUGGGAUAUCCUAGAUGCCUCUACAUCUUCAAGUGUGUCGGAUGUUAAGUCCUUUAAUAUGGACUUAGAGUGUAGUCCUCAGGAGGGGAGCACCAAUUGUCUGAUACUUGGGAGAUGGAAGAAUUCAAAAAUGGCACGUCUUUUGUGGAUACCUAAACAGGCUUUCCCACCUGAAAUCUUUAUAGGAUGUAUAUCAUCAUAUUUCAUAUUCAGAUUGAAAUGGUUAAAUCCAAUGUACACAUUGAUCAGGAUGGUUCAGAAAUUGUUUCCAUAUGUUCAUGGAGCUUUUGAUGUUACAAGCUUGCCUUUUGCUUGUAUAUCUAACUCUAUGAAUAAACCUGUACCUCUUCGAUUGGAUGUGUCCUUCCCAUCAUUUCAAGAUGCUAAAUGGAGCAUUGCAAGGUUACUUUAUCUAUUCAACAUACAACUUGAACGGAACAUAGCAUUGUUUCUAAUAGCAUUGCUUGCAGCAUGCUUCUCAUUUGUUAUCAUUGGAGGUGUCCUCUUCUAUAAGUACAGGAACAGUAGUAAUCAAUCCCUUGAAGACUGUUUUUGGGAAGCUUGGGCGUGCCUUUGUUCAUCAUCCACGCACUUAAAACAAAGAACACGUGUUGAACGUAUUAUUGGCUUUGUCCUUGCUAUUUGGGGGAUCUUAUUUUAUACCCGCUUGUUGAGUACAAUGACAGAACAAUUUAGAAAUAAUGUGCAAAAAAUCAGAGAAGGAGCACAAUUGCAAGUUAUGGAAGCAGAUCAUAUUGUCAUCUGCGGAGUAAAUAGCCAUCUGACAUUCAUACUCAAGCAGCUAAAUAAGUAUCAUGAGUUUGCAGUCCGUCUAGGUACUGCUACUGCCAGGAAGCAAAGAAUUCUUCUGUUGUCCGACCUUCCCAGGAAGCAGAUAGAAAAGCUGGCUGAUAGUAUCGCCAGAGAUCUAAACCAUAUUGAUGUUCUCACAAAAAGUUGUAGCCUCAGCAUGACAAAAUCCUUUGAAAGAGCAGCAGCCAGUAAGGCCCGUGCCAUUAUUAUAUUGCCUGCAAAGAGUGAUAGGUACGAAGUUGACACAGAUGCAUUCCUCUCUGUAUUAGCCCUACAACCUAUCCCUACAAUGGCAUCCAUCCCAACCAUUGUUGAGGUUGCAAACACCAGUACAUGUGAGCUUUUGAAAUCAAUCUCAGGCUUGAAGGUGGAACCAGUUGAAAAUGUUGCUUCCAAGUUAUUUGUCCAGUGCUCUCGGCAAAAGGGGCUAAUAAAAAUCUACAGACAUCUGCUUAAUUAUCAGAAAGAUGUAUUCAACCUUCACAACUUUCCUAAUCUAGCAGGAUUAAAGUAUAAGAAUGUAAGACGCGGAUUUCAAGAGGCAGUGGUUUGUGGUAUUUAUAGAUGUGGUAAGGUAUACUUCCAUCCAAAUGAUGACGAAGUACUAGAGCAAACGGACAAGUUGUUAUUUAUUGCACCUGUUUAUGGGAAAAGAAAGCCACAGGUUUCAUUUUCAGAUGUUCAAAAAGAAGAAAAUUAUACUUCCCAAGAUGAGGAACUUCUUAAAAACAAUGUUUCAUCUACCUAUCAAUCCAUUGAGUUGAAAAGAACACAGAUCAUUAGGCGUCCUUCAAAGUCGAGCUCAAAGAAUUCUGAUUGGACUCUAGGACCAAAGGAAUGCAUACUUAUGCUUGGAUGGCGCCCAAAUGUUAAUGAGAUGAUUCAAGAAUAUGAUAAUUAUCUUGGACCUGGCAGUCGAUUGGAAAUACUAUCAGAUGCUCCUCUGAAAGAUAGAGAAAACCUUCUUGGUGUAAAUCAACUGAAAAAUAUUCAAGUUUCCCAUACGAUAGGAAAUCCUCUGAACUAUGACAUCUUGAAGGAAUCCAUAUUGAAUAUACAAAAUUCUCUCGAGGAGAUCCCUCUAUCUAUUGUUGUAAUAUCUGACAGAGAGUGGCUUUCUGGAGAUCCAUCCAGAGCAGACAAACAUUCAGCGUAUGUUCUUUUGCUUGCUGAAAGCAUUUGCAACAAAUAUGGUGUUAAGGUGGAAAACCUGGUCGCAGAAAUUGUUGAUACGAAGUUGGGAAAACAAAUCGCAAAAAUAAAGCCAUCUCUAACAUAUAUUGGUGCAGAGGAAGUUAUGAGCCUUGUAACAGCUCAUGUGGCGGAGAACUGUGAGCUGAAUGAGGUGUGGAAGGACAUUCUCAAUGCAGAGGGAGAUGAAAUAUAUAUAAAGGAAUCUAAAACAUGGAAAAUUGUAAUGAUCGUUUGGUAGAAUUCACCCUUCUUUUUUUUUUUUUCCUUUUUUUUCUUUUUUUGCUAUCCUAACAACAGAAAUCGUCACAUCAAAGGAAGACUAUUCCUUUACCAUUGUUUGGCAUGGAACUCAUGGUUUCCAAACAUAGCCUUGGGUGUUUUGUCAAAACAAUUUCCAUGUUGAAUGAAAUUGAUUUUCCUGAAAUUGCAAAAGAGGCCUAGAUUAGUAUUCCAUGUUUACAAGCCGUGCAAACUAUGGCCAAGCCACUGGCUGCCGAAAUUGGAGCCUAAAUGCAGUAUGCUAUGUCCUUUAAUCAUUUAGGUGGGAAUUCUACCAAGAGUAAUGCAACUACAGUUCACUUGGACUUAGCUAUUUUUCCUAAUUGCAAACUCUGUUAGGGAGAGUUUGGAAGCACAUUAGAAUCACAUUGCUAGCUGAUAUGUUUUGAGGCCAACCCCAACUGAAAGGACGGAUGUUUGGGGGACAGGGUAAUGGAAUCUGCAUUUGACGGACUAUCAAAUUUCCUCAUUUUCUGCUAGAAAUUCAAUGUUCUGCUUGUUUCAAGUAGGACAUGAGACGAUGGAACUAUUGGUUUGGUGGAAUUGAGCUCCCAAAUGGAUUUCAAGAUACCCAAAGUCACUGUCCUAAUUGUCGCGAAUUGAGAUAUGGCCUAUGAUAUGAUCCUCACUAACAUUUUUAUGUUAUCUAAGACAGAACUGACAAUGUUCUGAAUUUUAUUUAAAGGCCACAGUAAUGUGUUGU